UGACCCCGUUCCCGCAGGGAGAGCAGCACCAACAUCCUGGACAAUCUCCUGUCGCGCAUGGAGCAAUACGCCAACAACCUGGAGGAGCUGGUGGAGGAGCGCACGCAGGCGUACCUGGAGGAGAAGCGCAAGGCCGAGGCUCUGCUCUACCAGAUCCUGCCCCACUCGGUGGCGGAGCAGCUCAAGCGGGGGGAGACGGUGCAGGCGGAGGCGUUCGACAGCGUCACCAUCUACUUCAGCGACAUCGUGGGCUUCACGGCGCUGUCGGCGCAGAGCACGCCCAUGCAGGUGGUGACGCUGCUCAACGACCUCUACACCUGCUUCGACGCCAUCAUCGACAACUUCGACGUCUACAAGGUGGAGACCAUCGGGGACGCCUACAUGGUGGUGUCGGGGCUGCCGGUGCGCAACGGGAAGCUGCACGCGCCCGAGGUGGCCCGGAUGGCGCUGGCCCUGCUGGACGCCGUGCGCUCCUUCCGCAUCCGCCACCGGCCGCAGCAGCAGCUGGAGCUGCGCAUCGGCAUCCACACGGGUGGGGAUCCCACGGGAACGGGAACGGGAAUGGGAAUGGGAAUGGGCAUCGGCAUCCACACGGGUGGGGAUCCCACGGGA